CCUUAGCUCAAUUUAGUCUUCAUGUUGUGAAAUCUGUACACAUAUUUGUCUCCACAGCACAUGCUUUGUUUUACUAAUUUCCUCUUUCUAAAUAUUCCUUAGAUGCUCAUGACAUUGACCACAGUGACUGUGAUGCACUAGUUAUAGUAUUCAUGAGUCAUGGGGAGAGUAACAUAUUAUAUGGUCAAGAUGGAGCCUUCAAGGAAGACCUUCUUUUCGAGGAAUUCCUGGCAGACCGUUGCCCAACUCUAGCUGGAAAACCCAAGUUAUUCUUUAUUGAGGCAUCUCGUGGCGAAGGCUUACAAAAACCAGUAACUUCGCCAGAGGAGGAAGACACAGAGGGGGUUCCUGCUUAUACAGGUGGUCCAAUAGAGGUUCAAUUGGAGCAAAAGGGAGAGAUCAGAGAGGAAGUCAUUCCUGAGGAGAUCGCCUGCCACGCGGACUUUUUGAAGUGCUGGUCAACCCCCCCGGGUUAUUAUUCUUGGCGUAACACAACCAAUGGGUCCUGGUACGUACAGUCACUCAAUCAUGUAUUCUCCAGAGCCACUGGGAAAGAGGAGAUCAUGGAUCUUUUGACUAUGACCAACAUGAGAUUAAAUUCACAUUUCCAAAGUAAUUGUCCAAGCCAACAAUACCUUCACGGGAAAAAACAGACGGCUUUUUUUGAGUCAACUCUGACAGCAAAAUUAUAUUUGACACCAUCUUCCUCUAACUAAACCCAAUGAAACUGACCAUGAGGAUGGAUGCAGGAAGGUAAGGAGGUGCAUCCCACGGAUCAAUGGGCGCUCACAAACACAGCAGCCUCCCUCGAACUGCCUCUUGAACCAAAGUUGGAAGGACAGCACGGUGCUCCUUAAUUUUAUUAUGGUUAUUGUGUCUUUUCAUUGGUAUUUUGGGGUAUUUUAAGUCCAAAGGUGAGAUCCUACUUUGCCUAGUUGUUUUUGAAGUUGGAAAACUAAGAAAAUUAUUAUCAUAUAUAUAU